UUACUGGAAAGAACUCAUGUUUCAAACAAACUUUAAACAGCUAAAUCAUGAAUGUAACUGAGAUUUUUUUUUUUCUUUUCUAAAGGGAACUCAUCAAGUUUUUGUGACAUAACCAGAGAACAUUUACCAUAACUUAUUUUGCAUUAAGCACCAAAAAAAAUGUGGAAUUUUCAUGUAUAUCCAAACACAACCAAGAAGAAAACUGUAGACUCUCCAAAAGUAUUACAGCUUUCCCAUGACCAAAGAGCAACAAUAGAACUGAAGCCUGGUGGAUAUUCACUGGUUAAAUUUCAAUUGGAUGAGGCGAUGUCUUUCUGUCUUUAUGUAUGGACUAUUGACAAAACUUUUUGAUAGAGACCGCAUGUUGUCUUGCCCAAUAUAUGUAAUAUAAGAAUAAUAAUGAAUGGGCUACAAAAGGAGUUUAUUAGUGUAGAGAUGAGGAAAAGAAUACUAGGUGUGCGUGAGCAUGGCAAGGGAUGGACCCCUUUUCUCUCUAUUUCUUGUGCUAAAUUUCAUGGUUACAGCCUUCAGCACCCUCAAGUUUAGCAGAGAUGACUUCCCACCUGACUUCAUUUUUGGGUCUGGCGCCUCUGCUUACCAAGUUGAGGGAGCAGCAUUCCAAGAUGGAAGGACUCCUAGCAUUUGGGACACAUUUACUCAUGCUGGGAAUGUUCAUGGAGAUACUGGGGAUAUAGCAUGUGAUGAGUAUCAUAAAUACAAGGAAGAUGUCAAACUCAUGGUGGACACAGGCCUAGAUGCCUAUAGAUUCUCCAUUUCCUGGUCUCGAAUUAUCCCAGAUGGAAGAGGACCUGUCAAUCCCAAGGGUUUAGCUUACUACAACAACCUAAUCAAUGAACUUAUUAAUCAUGGAAUCCAACCGCAUGUUACAUUAUUCCACAUUGAUCUACCACAGGUGCUUGAAGAUGAGUAUGGGGGCUGGGGUUUUGUAAGGAUAAUAAUAAAUAGGAAGCACAAGACGCUUAUUGGCUUAAAGAACAGGGAAAAAAGAAGGAAAAGAACAGUGUGUGAGAACCUCAGCUUAUAUUUCGGGUCUGAUUCCUGUUGCAUGUUUGUCGAUGCCUUGGUGUUUGGAGACCACCCUGACAUGGUGAAGAAGAGAGCCGGCACAAGAAUCCCAGCCUUCACUAAACAGGAAUCCAAACAAGUCAAGGGUAUCUUUGACUUCAUAGGCAUAAACCAUUACAACACAGUACCAUCCAUCAAGAACAACCCUGAGAAGCUGAAAAUAAUGAAGAUGUGGGCGUAGAUACGAUAUGUAUAUUCCCUUUUUUCACCUAAACCUGGUUCUCAAGCACUUCAACUUAACUAUCUCACCUUUUACGAACUGACCUGGAUGAGCCGAGGUUCAAUGUAGAAAAAUGAGUCAUUGCAGUCAGCUUAGUGUAUUCCUCUUCAAAUUCAAUGA